CUGUUUUGUUUGUGUUUGCCCCAGUAUUACCAUCACCAUCACCAUUGGGAUCUCUCUCUCUCUCUCUCCGAUCACCACUUCUCUCUCUUCCCCUCUUUCUCUCUCUUAGACUUUCAUUCUCCCCCGGCGAAGCCCCCACGCCGGCUUCAACGACGCCGUUUCAAUCCCGUUCCUGAAAAGUCUAGAACUUUCUCUUCAGAGAUUAUCGGAGCUUAAAUUCCUUCUGAGCAAUCCCCAUUCUUCGCUUUAAUCAAUCCAAACUGGCUAUGGACUACGAACCCUACGACAGCAGCGGAACUGACGACGAUCUCCCACCAUCACAUCAAAAUAGAAUUCCAAGAGGUGGUCGUGUUGCCGGGAAUGGAAGAUCUGCUGUGGGUUCUCUCCCACACUCUAGGAUGUAUGGUGACACCGAUAUGGAGGCCCAAAUUCACCAGCUUGAGCAAGAAGCAUAUAGUUCGGUUCUAAGAGCCUUUAAAGCUCAAGCUGAUCUCAUUACUUGGGAAAAGGAAAGUUUGAUUACGGAACUUAGGAAAGAGUUAAGGUUAUCAAAUGAGGAGCACAGAGAGCUUCUAGGACGGGUUAAUGCAGACGAUGUCAUAAGGAGGAUAAGAGAGUGGAGACAGGCGGGUGGAGCUCAACCUGGUAUGCUUGGUACAAGUCAAGCUGUGCAUGAUCCAAUACCCAGCCCAACUGUCUCUGCAUCUCGCAAGAAGCAGAAAGGCUCCCAGUCAGUUGCUUCUCAAUCUUUUGGCGCACCAUCUCCACCAUUUCACCCACAGGCAAUUGCUGCAUCCCACCAACCGCCUUCAUCCACAGCAAAGAGGGGAUAUGUUCCAGGAGCCAAGGGCAAAAAACAUAAGCCUGUGUUACCCGGUGGAUCUUCAGUCAAGCAAUACCCUUCCUCCGGUCCAACUGGAAGGGGUCAAGCUGUUAAUAGAGUUUCUUCCUCUGCGGUUGCAAAUGAACCUGCUGAGGGGGCAGCAAUAGAUUCAUUAAUUGGAAAGAAAGUGAGGACAAGAUGGCCUGAUGACAAUAACUUUUAUGAAGCAGUUAUAACUGACUAUGAUCCAGCCGAGGGAAGGCAUGCUUUAGUAUAUGAUGUUGGUUCUGCCAAUGAGACAUGGGAGUGGGUUAAUCUUUCAGAGCAGAUAACUCCUGAAGAUAUUCAAUGGGUAGAUGAGGACAAUGGAAUUUCUCAUCGUGGGGGCUAUGGUGGAUCCGCUCAUGGGAUCAAUAGACCUGCAGGCCGUGAUGGAGUUCCAGGUGCAGGAAGAGGAAGAGGCUCUGCAAAGGGCCAAUCCAGAAAGCCAUCACAAAAUGGCAUUGGCAAAAAAAUGACAGAUGAGAUAAAAAUUCUUAACACGGAUUCUUUAGUUAAAGAGGUGGAGAGGGUCUUUGGUGCAAAUCAUCCAGAUCCUCUUGAAAUCGAUAAAGCAAAAAAAGUCUUGAAGGAGCAUGAACAAGCCCUUAUUGAUGCACUCUCAAAGCUUGCUGACAUUUCUGAUGGUGAAAGUGAUGAAGGUGCACGCCAGUUCUUACAUAGAUAAUCUGUGAAUUGAGAAUAAUGGACUUAGUUUGGGGAGCAACAAAAACACUUUCCCUAGUUUGAUUAACUUGAAGGGGCUCACUAAUGGCCAGCCUGUUAUGAUGCAGUGGAGAGACCAACUCUGAAGACCCAACUUUUUUUUUUUUUUUUUAGAUAAUAUUUAUUUAUUUUUUCCCCCAACAUGGUAAAAUUGGUGUUUAGGAUAUAGAUAUGGUUGUAGGGCAAAGAGCUAUUGAGCUUCGUGGUUGGUUAUUUAUUUACAGUGGGAGUUGACCUUAGGAAUGAUUUUUCUAGCUGAGAUUAUUGUAACAUGGUCUGAUUUAGUAAUUAGCCAACUUGUCAUGUAUUAUAUCUUCGACUCUUGCCCUUUUUUCAAUAAA